UGCCAUGGCAACAAGACGAUUGGAUUUAGACCGUUUCCUUAUUUAUUUAUUAAUUUAGUUUUAUAUUCGCGUGCUUGCACUCCCUGCAGUACCCGAGAAGCUUUCACAAGUAAGCGCUCCCUCUCCAGAUCAAGAUUUUGUCUUUUUAAUAAUAGAUAAAACUGGCGUUCAACAAGUUGAUAUUGUUAGAGACUUCAAGUGUUAUGUAUGACGGAUUUGGUUAUGGUUACAGAAGAAUAUUUGUUUGUUGGACAUGGACAAAUAGAUUCUGUACCAGAGGGUCUUAUUAGGUUGGCUAACAGUCGCGUGAGGAAGAGCAGAGAACAAAACGGUUUGUGCGCGUGAUGUGGAGAAAAAAAAGAACAGAAUAAAGUAGCAAGGAUAACGGAGCUCCGUCUGAUACCCGUUCAAGAUCUCCGUCUGGUGGCUAAUUUUUAUGUUUCGUGUUUUCGCUGGAACCCUGUUGCGUGUCAUGGUGAUGUCUCUUGGGUUUUUACGAUGGGAAAAUACCUCGCCUGCUUUCUGAGCGCGUCACUAACGUGGACCACCGGACUCUCUUUUGCCGUCUGGUAAUGUCCAUGAUCCUAUGCUCCGUGUUGCUUGUUGCCUUUUGAUGCGUGUAUGUGUGUAAAAGCGUGUUUAUAUGCGUCUAUUUCUGCGCGUGUCUGUAUGAAUCAGAGCGCGUGUGAGUUAGCGUAUGUGUGUCGAUUACAGACGAUGUGACUUUCCACACGAAUCAAAUGUCCUUGUCAUCGGAAUAUUAAUGUCACAGAACUACUACGUCGUCUACUUUUGAAAUUAACUCUUACUUAAUAAAAUACAUUCAGCCGACGGGGAACGUUAUCCGCGUGAAUACUAAAGAACGGGCAGCUGAACGUGUAUAGGGUCGCGUGCACUUUCAUUUGACAGAGCGGGAAUUUGGUGCAAAGAUGCCCAGCGUCGCAUCGCCGAGGACGGAUGAGCAGGAGAGAGAGUGGGCCUCUGUCGGAGCGACACGCUCCAAGGACGUGGGGGAAAGGGAAUGAUAGAGGUCUCCGCAGCGAAGGACAAACUCACAACAUUCACGCAGUCGUCAUAUUUUCCUUAAGAGGCAGGUUUGCAGGCGCCUUUUAAUUGGUUUGUUCCAAGGGCAUUUAGGUGAGAAGUAUGGAGGAGCUGGGCGGGAGAGCGGAGGUACGAGGCGCAAUUUGCUCGUGCUGCUAAGUCUGGAUAAAGUAAAUCUGUGAUCUUACCGGUACAACAAAAACGUGAGGUCUCAGUCAGCGUCUGUGUCUGCUCUCUGUGUACGCAGGGAUGGUUCAUAUCCUCACUGUGUUGUGAGGCAGUGUAAAAGGUCAGUCUAGUCACCUGAGAGUGUGUGUGUGUGGGCGUGCCCGAGUGCAUGGUUGUGUGUAUGUGUGAGUGCUUGUGUGUUUGACCUCCUCGAGGCACUGACAUGGAUGGGGCGGUGGGCGGUUCUGUGGGUGGUUCUGGAGAUGCUCGGCCGGGACGUAACGGAGACCAGAAGCGGCGCAGUAAGAGCAGCUUGCCGUCUCCUGGUUAUUGCUUCUCGCAGGCCUCUCUGGAGGGGGAGCGGGGUGAGGGGGCUGGCCGACGUCGUCUGUCCAUCAUGAGCUCCUCACGGGAUGGUGGUCCAUUCCGGCCAGGCACAGCAGCAGGCACGCCCACCACACCCAUCCCCCUGCCCCCUCCUGUUGGCCCCACCCUUUCUGGACCUGCCCCCAGCCGCUCUGUGGGAUUUGCAGCAUCGCGUGCUGCACUUGCUUCCACGUCCUCCUCCGGCACCGGUGUGGUGGUGGUGGCGACGGGACCAGAGACCACCACCACCACGGCAGCUGGGACCCCUGAGGCUGUCCUGGGCUUGGACGGAGAGGACUACAGCUACUCCAACCAGUCUACCUUCAUCCAGAGGCAGUUUGGUGCUAUGUUGCAGCCUGGGGUCAACAAAUUCUCCCUGCGCAUGUUCGGCAGUCACAAGGCCGUAGCAUUGGAGCAGGAGAGGCUGAAGAGUGCUGGAGUCUGGAUCAUCCACCCCUACAGCGACUUCAGAUUUUAUUGGGAUCUUCUCAUGCUCUUACUGAUGAUGGGGAAUCUUAUUAUCCUGCCUGUGGGAAUCACCUUCUUCAAAGAUGAGAACACCCCCCCAUGGAUCAUCUUCAACGUGGUGUCAGACACACUCUUCCUGGUGGAUCUGGUCUUAAACUUCCGCACAGGCAUUGUAAAAGAGGACAGCACAGAGAUCCUGCUUGAUCCGAAGGCGAUCAGGCAGCGCUACCUGAAGAGCUGGUUCCUGGUGGACUUUGUCUCCUCCAUCCCUGUGGACUAUAUCUUCCUUAUGGUGGACUUGGAGGCUCGGCUGGACUCUGAGGUAUAUCGCACAGCUCGGGCUCUCCGCAUCGUCCGCUUCACCAAGAUCCUGAGCUUGCUACGUCUGCUACGGCUGUCCAGACUCAUCAGAUACAUCCACCAGUGGGAGGAGAUCUUCCACAUGACCUAUGACCUUGCGAGUGCAAUGGUGCGUAUUGUGAACCUGAUUGGUAUGAUGUUGCUGCUGUGUCACUGGGAUGGCUGUCUGCAGUUCCUGGUACCCAUGCUGCAAGACUUCCCCUCGGACUGCUGGGUCUUCAAAAACAACAUGGUGAACGACUCGUGGGGGGUGCAAUAUUCCUACGCCCUCUUCAAGGCCAUGAGCCACAUGCUGUGUAUUGGCUACGGCGCACAGGCGCCCGAGGGCAUGACGGACGUCUGGCUCACUAUGCUCAGCAUGAUCGUGGGAGCAACCUGCUACGCCAUGUUCAUCGGCCACGCCACUGCACUCAUCCAGUCCCUGGACUCUUCCCGCCGCCAGUACCAGGAGAAGUAUAAGCAAGUGGAGCAGUACAUGUCCUUCCAUAAACUCCCCGCCGACGUCAGACAGAAGAUCCAUGAGUAUUAUGAACAUCGCUACCAGGGAAAGAUGUUUGAUGAAGAAAAUAUCCUGGGAGAGCUGAGUGACCCGUUAAAGGAGGAGAUUGUGAGCUUUAACUGCCGCAGCCUGGUGGCCAACAUGCCGCUGUUUGCUAACGCCGAUCCGAACUUUGUGACGGCUGUUUUGACCAAGCUGCGCUUUGAGGUGUUCCAGCCAGGGGACUUCAUCAUUCGAGAGGGAACCGUCGGACGUAAGAUGUACUUCAUUCAGCACGGGAGGGUCAGCGUACUUACCCGCGGCAACAAGGAGACCAAACUCAGUGAUGGGUCAUAUUUUGGAGAGAUUUGUCUGCUGACCCGAGGCAGGAGGACAGCGAGUGUCAGAGCUGAUACGUACUGUCGCCUUUAUUCGCUCAGUGUUGACAGCUUCAACGAGGUCUUGGAGGAGCACCCAAUGAUGAGGCGGGCCUUUGAAACUGUAGCAGCCGACCGACUGAACCGCAUUGGUAAGAAGAACUCCAUCCUGUUACGAAAGACGUCUCAAGGGGGGUCUGUGGCAGGCAGCAGUCUGGGGCGUGGCCCAGGUGGGACGGGGCGAGGGCCGGGACCAGGGGCGGGGCCAGGUGGGGCUGGAUCCUGUGACAGUAUCCUGGUGCAGCAGAUUGUCAAACACGACAGUAUGCCUACCAUGCAGGACGUCAGUACCAGCAACCGAGGCAGCACGGAGGGCAGCAUGUCCCCACACCCGCGGCCUGUGAUCUGGGCUCCGCUGGUCCACGCUCCCCUGCAGACAGCAGCGGCCACCACCAACGUAGCCAUUGCGCUACAACAGCCUGUACAGCAGUAUGGUUUGGGCAUGUUCCUGCCCUCGCCGCUGCCCAUCUCGCCUUCGCCCUCAGCCUGUCCUGUCUCCCCGCCCCGCCCCCCCAUCCUGCACCCCCGACAAUCACUCAGCUCUCUCAUUGGAGUGAUGGGUGGGCUCCCACCUCGCGUGCCAGCCUCUAUCACCCCUACACCCUCCCCCUCUACAGCUGGCCCUCCUACUGUGGUAGGAGCUCCACUGCCAGGGGCAGCUGUCAAAACCCCUCCUAUAUCAUCAGUACCCACUCCACUCCAAACUGGCAGAGCUCUGCACUAUAGUCUCCGCCUCCACACAGAGCCCUCAGUGAUGAGUGGCACAUUAGGGGGAGGGGCUACCACAUCACCUCUCCAUAAGGCCACACCCCCUUCCCCAGCCAUGGCAGCUGUGUUGUCUGACGGGCGGAUCAGCCAGAAGGGAGCGAAAGAGGCUCUAAUGCGGCACGUUGGUGGGGGCAGCACGCAGGGUCUGCCAGCGCUGGGCCGUCUGACACAGGAGGCCAGGUUGUUGUCUGCCUCACAGCCCACACUGCCCCACCGUGGCUGGCCAGGUGUGCAGCCACACCCCCCCCUCCAUCGAAAAGCCUCUGGGGGUAACUUACUGCCCGCCCCCUUCCUGGUUUCACAAGGACAACUUGCACGGGGGGAAAGUGCUGGCGUGUUGAGCUCAAACCCUCCCCAGGUCCAGAAGCCACCUGCACACACACCUGUUCCGCUGCCCUCUCCACUCACGCACACACAGCCAACACCACUUGCCCCCCCACCUACCUCACCACCUGCCUCUGCCCCUGUGACCCUUGUCUCUUCCUCCCCCAAACACACGCCUCUCUCAUCUUCUAACACCUCUUCUGCCCCAGGGCUCCCCCAAACCCAGCGGCCAAAGCCUGCUGCUAAGGCUCCGCCCUCUCACUCUUCCUCCCCUCAGGCGCCGUCCUCUCAUUCUUCCUCACCUCUGCCUGCUUCGUCAUCCUUGGAACUGCCCCCUACAUCUGCCUCUUUGGCAGUUCUCCAAACACACAGCAGCAAGGCCUCACCUACCUCCCCCUCCCACCCUUCAUCUUCAUCUUCAUCUUUACACGCCCUGCAUGCAUCCUCUUCCUCAGGGUCUUCUGCACCUCAGAGCCCUCGUUCUAAAUUCCCUCAAACACUUCCCCAGCCCUCUCCUUUAUCCUGCACCACCAGUCCACCUCCCACUGCAGCAGCAACACCAACCCGGACACCAACUCCUCUUCAAACUCCUACUCAUGCUCAACCACCAAUUCCAAUCCCAGCCCCCAUCCAAACCGGAACUCCUACUCUUGCUCAGACCCCAACACACUCAGCUGUGCAGACCCCUACCCAGACUAGGAGCCCUACCACAAUUCAAACCCCUAUUACAAAUCUUACACAAACUCAAGCCUCUGCUUCUACUACAGCACCUUCUCCAACUCGGAUCUCAGGCCCUGCCCAAAUUCCAAGCACAGUGAAAGUUCCAGCUCUAUUCCAAACUCCAGCUGCUACUGUACCAACCUCAACUCCAUUCCAAAAUCUAGCAGCUACUGUCCUGAGUUCGGCUCCAGUUCCAAACACACAAGUUCCUGUUUUCUCUCAGGCCCGAACCCCACCUAGCCAAAGCCCUACACAGACCCCAACCCAAACUCCAACCAUACCUCCACGCACUCCACCCCAUACCCAAACUCAGAUUCCCACUUCAACCCCAGUGCUACUCCACAUCCAAACUACAGCAGCAGUUCAGACACAAACCCACACUCCCAUACCAAUCCCAAACACCACCCAAACCCGCAACUCUAGCCCAGUCCUAACCCCAACAACUACAUCUAUCCAAACUCCACCACAAAAGGCAACUUCUACCCCCCUUCAAAUUCCCAAAUUUUCCCAGUGCCCAGCUACAGGUACAGCUAUAUUCAUUCAGCCUGAGACCCCCACUCUCCAAGCCCCAAACCCCCCCUCGACUCAGACCCCAGCCUUUAGCACAGCUUCCUCAGGCGUACUAUCUCUGUCCACCUCAAAACCUGAUACCCCUCCCCCAGCUCCAGCCCCAGGUGCCCAGCCUGCCUCCACCCAGGAGGGGAAACAGGACACCAGCAUAGUACAGAGGGAAUCUGAUGCACUGAGACACAAACUUCCUGCGAACAUGUAAGCACGAACAGGCCAGAACCAUCGGUUUGGACAUUGCGGGAGGGUCGGGAGUCAGAGAUCACGUGGUGUGUUACGGAUUGUAGGGGCAGGUCAGGUAGCAGAACUGGAAAGAUGUUAAAACACAUGGCAGCUCCAUCAAUUCGAACCUCUGGAGUCCACUAAAUAUGCGGUCUCUGAGUCUGAAACAGGUUCCAUGAACAUUCAUUUUCAUUUUUAUGGUCCUCUGUCUUCACCUUCUCUGGUGCAGUGAUGUGCACAGUGCUACUGUGGUUAUUUGUCAGCAGUGGCAAGUAUUCUUUUUAAAUCAGCUGGAGCUGCAGUCCAAUGGAACAUGUUAAUAAGCAAUGUUCAUAAGCAAUGUUCAUAAAUGUUCAUAAACCCUAACUAAUCCUAGUUACGAGCCCAUGUCUGCCCAAGCUCUCAAAUAGCAUCAGGCAAAAUUAAAGUACCUAAAAUAUGGAACAUAUUGGCUUAGAAAAGGAACCCUAAACCACUGCCACCUCUACACAACUGCCACACUACACCACUGCCACUUCUACACAGCUGCCACACUACACCACUGCCACUUUUACACCACUAAUAUGGCACUGUAGAAAAGUCAGGUGAUAAUUACCUUUCUGUUUAUGGUCUUUUAUUUUCCAGUUUCAUUCCCUCUUGUCACAUUUUGUUCACAAAAAUGUCAUAAUAUAAACACUACUUAUUAAUUAUAAAUAGACAAAAUAUGUCUGAAAUAACAGUACAAGAUUACGUAAAUCUAAAUUAUUAGGAGGCAUCCACUAGUAAAUUCUUGUCUCAGGUGUUUGGUGUUAGUUUUGGACAAUACAGCUCUAGAACCCUCAUCUGCUAUAAUUAAAUGUGUUUUCGUGUUGUAUUUAAAUUCUUUCAUCUUCCACAGUAACUGUACAGUGCUAGAGGUCAUCUAGUUCUCUGUAAAUAUGGGCUUCUAUCUGUCUGGUAAAACACACAAGAUUAAUGUUGUUGUUCAUCUCCUGCUAUGUGAUCAGCUUUGAUCUGUCAAACUGCUGCUGUCAGCGCCCCCACCCCCCACAGACACACACCCCCAACACACUUAUUCCCCACACACACUCCUAGUCCUUAUAUAUAUUUUCUCUCACUCUUUCUUGCACUCCCUCUCUUGUUACAUCCUGUUCUUUGAUGUCUUGUGCAGAUAAACUCUCUUCUUACCCCUAAAGCCAGGAUGCCUAGACUGCAUAUUAAGGACCAAAUUGUUUAUUUUUAUUUAGAUCACAGCUUUAGCUUUUCAGCAAAAACAGUGUGUGAUUCUAACAAUAAUUCUGGAAGGAUGUUGAUGAUGUUAUGUAAACAGAAUUCAUGAUGUAAGGGCGAUUUUAAGGAGAAUAAAGAAAUUUAGAAUCA